GGCUGCGCGGCGGGGCUGAGGCGGCGGCGGGCCGUAGAGCAGGGAACGAAGCUUUGGAGUCAGAAGCUCGAGCUGGGGACAGAGCCUUGUGCACAGGACAUAAAGCAGCGCUUCCUGGGAAAACAAAGCUCUCUGGACACGGGGCCCAGACUGAUGGCCAACAAUGUCAGCCACUAACAAUGUAGCACAGGCCCGGAAGCUCGUGGAGCAGCUGCGGAUCGAAGCCGGAAUCGAGCGCAUCAAGGUGUCCAAAGCCUCGUCGGAGCUCAUGAGUUACUGUGAGCAGCACGCACGGAGCGAUCCCUUGCUGGUUGGAGUCCCUGCCUCGGAAAACCCCUUUAAGGACAAGAAGCCGUGCAUUAUUCUAUAGCUCUCUCUCUCUCUCUCUCUCUCUCUCUCUCUCUCUCUCUCUCUCUCUCUCUCCAUCUCUCUUUCCCACACCAAGUCUCCGCCCCCACCAAGGGGUCAUCAAAAACCUUACUGCAGCCAAACAUCCCUGUCCCUAAAGGUUGGAUCCCUGAAGAAAUGCCUGUGGUCGCCAGUUGCCCUGAGGGGGGAAAACCAACGCUUCUAGGGAGGCUGGGUUUUCUCACCCAACCUGGUGGCCCCCCUGAGGGGCUCCCCAAAACAGGCACAGUGGCUUCCAGCCCUCCUCCCAUCAGGAACACCCUGGCCACCCAAGCGCGGUGGUGACAGCUUGCUAAAACUCCACUGACAAUAGGCUGGCCGGUGUCCUGCAGAGCAGGGACAGGAGGUCUCUUUCCCCCCAGACUGGCCACCUGUGACACACCCUCACAGGGCAUCUGGGACACUUUUUAUUUUGUAAGCAAAGGUCAAACUGGGGGUGAAGGGUUGACAUCACAACUUCUUUAGGGAGAGAAAAGCAUCUCUCCAUUUAAAAACUUGUCUCUGUUCCCCCCUAAAACCUGGCAGGGUGACACAGAAAUGGGCUUCCGGGACAGGGUGGGAUGUCUACAAAGUGGCAGCCUCUCUAUGGCAUCUCUGCCUGCCACAUUGCAGAAGUGGACAGGACUUGACCAGAGCAGGGCUGAAAAGUGCGUGGGCAGGCGAGGUCCGCGCAGAAGGUAGCAGCCCUACCUCUUUCCUACUGCCAGGCGCUGCAGCUUGCUAGCUUUCCUUUUAUAGGAGACAUGGGAUGGAGCCCAGGGCAGCCCAGGGCUCCAUCCCCAGCAGUUUUUAUCUUUUGAGAUAGGAUUUUGUUAAGUUGCCCAGGCUGAAAUCCUCCUGCCUCAGCCUCCCAAGGGUGCUGGGAUGACAGGUGUGUACUCCGUGCCUGGCCAAAAGUUGCUGAAUUACCUUGAAGUGACUGUGAAGGAUUUCUCAGACAAAGUCCUCCGUCCCAGACCCAGCAGCAGUGUGCUUGUCACCAUGACAACCACCCUAAAUUGUUUCGCUUUUGGACCCCAUAGGAUGUGGGCCCUUCCCUGUGAGGACAGGUGGGAGGGCUUCCAACCUUGGGGUCUGCCUGUCACUCCUCCCACCAGCCUGGCAAUGUAAGAUGUCAUGGGGUGGGGACAGGGGCUGUGUGCAUACCCCUCUGGUGUCACCUGUGGCCAUAUCUGUGACACAGCAAAGACCCCACAUUGUCCGGGACCUUGGAGUCCCACAGCUUGACGCGGCAGCCACCAGUGGAGAGAAUACCAGCUUGGUUCUGCCCCUGUGGCACCAGUGGGCGGCAAUCCAGGGCCUCAGCCAGGACAGUCCCUGGAGGGUUGCCUAGGUCCCCCGCGCUGCCAGUGAGGCAAGGCCGGCAGCCUCAGGGGUUCCCUAGCAGGAACAGGCACCAGGUCCCCAGUGGGCCAGGGCCCUCGGGCAGGACAGAGGUCAGAGUCGGUGUGGCGCCAAGGGUGCCCCAGCCCCUCCUUGGGGCUCAGAGGAUACAUUCUGCAGGUGCACAGGCCUCUCCCUGGCACGCUCUCUACGGCUGGUCCGGGAGGGCCAGGGGCUUGGGGAGCUUGGCUGUACUGGGAGAGGUUCAAAGUCUCCCCCAAACCACAUGGGCCUGGGAGCAGACCAAGCACGGCCCCUGCCAGUCGCUAGUGGAGCUGGGGAAGGGACCCCAGUGCCCAGCAGGGAAGGUGCUGGGAGCCUGUAGGUGGCCACUGCUGGGCCCCCAGGGAGGGAGACCCUGGCCCAAUGCCACUGUCCUAGGGACCAUUUCAGCCCUGUUUCUCUUUCAAAGAAGCCUUAAUCCUUUGAGUGGGCAUUGAGCCUGCCCAGCUCCCGUCGUUCCCUGGACCUGCGGCCCCCGGGUCCAGGACAGACAGAGGAAGAGACAGAGAUGUGCCAAGGCUGGGUUGCAGCUGAGUGUCCCCACCAGGAUCACCCGGGAAGCUGCUGCACUGUGGGGAGCAGAAUAGGGGCCCUGAGCCUCCAGGCUCAGCCAGGUGACGGGGGCACACUCUGUGACCCCUGAAGAGGGACCCUCAAAGGACUCAGGAACCCCAGGAGCUGUGUGUGCUGGGUAAACUGAGACCGGGAGGGGAAAGACAUGCAGGCAUCUGGCCAAGCCUCAGCUGUCUUCCUUCAUCACCCCAGCUGCCCUGCAGGUGCCACUACCCUGUCUCUAAAUCUGGCGACCAGAUGGCCAAAGCCUUGGACCCCGAGGAGGUGGCAAAGGGCAGAAGCCCAUGAGUUUCUUUCUAAGCUUAGAAGAAGGAAGAAUAUCCUUUUUCCCACCUUCGUGUCACAGUAAACCCGGCGCCCACCCAAUGCCAUGACAGGGAUUUUUCCCCACUUUAAAAUGACUUUUCUGUGUGAUACAGGGAUGGAGUUCGGGGCCUUUACACUGGGCUCCAUCUGCAGCUCUUGGGUUUUUUUAAAAAUUUUUU